ACCGACGGCUUGGGCACGCUGUCCGCCCGAUGAAGUCGGUGUCGUCUCACCCGGUGCUUACCACGCCCUUCAUAGAGGUGGAAGAGCGCCCGAAGCUCGUGCGACGGCGCACGACCACGGACUGCCUCUUCACCGAGCUCACACACUCGCCGCUGCACGACCUGGCACCGGUCGCCACUCUGGGCCUCACGACGCGUGUGACGCACUCCAACUCGGUGGCGGUCUCGCUCGACCAGCUGGGCCUCGCAUUCGAGCCGCAGCGAGAUAGUACACUCAUCCUCGUGCAGGGAGGCUACACAGCUGCGCUCGUUAAGGCAGCCGGGACGGCGGUCCUGUGCGCCCUCAUGUAUGGUUUCCAUCUCGGCAACAUGAACCCAGCGGCGCCGGCGAUGCGUGCCGACCUCGGGAUCGAGGCCGGCGUAGAGAACGACAACGCCUGGGCCUUUUGCGUGUCCAUCUUUUGCCUCGGUGCGCUGCUCGGCUGCUCGCUGGUUCCGAUGGUGGCAGACUCGAUCGGCAGGCGCAAGACCAUCUUGCUCAUCUCGACGGUCUACCUGCUCGGGUCUGCUCUCGAGGCUGCGUCGGGCGUGGUCCCUCGCCCCGCCAGCCCGCUCGAGCGCUCCUCCAUCGGCCUCUGCCUCCUCCUCGCCGGCCGAGCGGUCUGCGGCGUCGCGAGCGGCUCGUCGACAGUCGUCGUGCCUAUGCGAGAUCUCGCCGCCGCACUUGCGCGGCGCGCUGGGCACAUGCUUCCAGCUCACUUGCUGCACAGGCGGGCGAUCCGGGCACAGGCGAUCCUUCGCCCGCGCCGCGCGCCGCCAGAGGCGAUCCUGGCCGCGUUGCGCGGCGAGCCGCUCUCGUCGCUCGCGGUGGUGCAGGCGGAGCUCGACCUGAUGCAGAUGGCGGCGGGCGGCGACGGCGGCGGCCUUCGCUCGCUGCUGUCGGAUAGCGUGGCGCGCCGAGGCCUCUUCAUUUGCGUGACGUGCCACGUCUUCAACUACUCGACCAUCUUCCUCACCUCCAACGGGGUCGACGCCGCCACCGUCGUCAUCAUCUCGGUGCUGAUGAACGUGGGCAACGUCGCAAUCACGGUCGUGUCUGUCCGGCUGAUGGACCUAUCGGGCCGCCGCUCGCUGAUGCUCGUCUCGUGCGUCGGCAUGGCCCUCUCCACCGUCGCCCUCACGAGCUCGCUCUCCUGCCCCGGUCACGGCUGGACCGCUCCACUCGCCAUCGCCUCGGUGGUCGGCUUCGUCAUGUCCUUCGGCGUCGGGCUCGGCCCCGUCCCGUGGCUGCUGCCCGCGGAGCUGUUCGCCCCAGACAGGUGCGCCCUCGGCGCCUCGGUCUCUGCCGGCAGCAACUGGAUGGCAAACUUCGUCGUCGGCCAAGCCUUCAUGCCGCUCUCCAACGCGCUGAAGUCCGCUUGUUUCCUCCCCUUCGCCGUGGUCGUCUGUGGCUUCGCCGUGUUUGUCACGAGGACGGUGCCCGAGACCAAGGGCAAGAGCCUCGACCAGAUCCUGUUCGAGCUCAGCGCGCACACGCCCCAGGGGCGGCCCACCGUCCUGCGAAAGCCCGGGGGCCGCUUCUGAGCCGCCUCUCAGCCGGCCUCUCGACGCACGGAGGGAGCACGCGGAGAGUGGGCCCGGAGAGUGCGGCUUGCGAGGCUCUCGACUCGCCGGAGAGUACCGUCACACGUUGCUAGUGCAGAGAGGGCUGGAUGGAGGUGAGCAGCGAGGCGCUUGCGCGUGUGGGUAGAGAUGAGAUCUCCGGCACGUGGCCGCGCACUGGAGCUCUGAGGGGGCUCUCGGCACGGCCUCUCUGGGGACUGUGCGACUGGCGUCCGCCCUCUCCAAGUCAAACCCUGUCACACGCAACACGCAUAUUAGAGACGGCGAGUGCCACAUUUUUUGAGUUUCCGCAGGUUCAAUCUU